AUAGAAAUGUACUAAUUAAUUCCUCCGCGUCAAGCAAGUUGUACCAUCCAACUGCUACCCCUGCCCGCGACUCACCUUCCCAAAAUCUUCCCCUGUGGCAACUCCCGAAUCCCGAUCCUCCGCCCGCCGUAUCCACCGCCCAGAGACUAAAUUCCGAUCUCACGGUUCGGAAAACCCGCCAAUCAUUUUUCAUUUUCCUGAUUUGAUGACGAGCGUUGAUGCUGCGGUAAGUCUCCGUUCUUCGAUGGCACCUGCAAAUUUGCCUCUCGUCUCCGCGUUGCUCGCAUGUGCUGUCGCUCAGUUUCUCAAGCCUUUCACUACUUGGUUGAAGGAUAAAAAAUGGGAUUCUAGAAGGAUGCUCAGCUCAGGUGGAAUGCCGUCAUCACAUUCAGCAACUGUUACGGCUCUUGCAACUGCAAUUGGCUUGGAAGAGGGAGCAGGGGCAUCAUCAUUUGCCAUUGCGGUGGUCUUGGCAUGUGUUGUAAUGUAUGAUGCUACCGGGAUCAGACUUCAUGCUGGUCGUCAAGCUGAGUUACUAAAUCAAAUUGUGUGUGAAUUGCCUCCCGAGCAUCCAGUUGCUAAUGUCAGACCUCUUCGAGAUUCACUAGGUCACACUCCACUUCAGGUUGCUGCUGGUGCUUUGCUGGGAUGCCUGGUUGCAUUUCUCUUGAGAACCUCUACCUGAAGAUGUUUAAGCUUCUCAACGGAUGAGCGCAAUCGCAUCCAAUCUUCUGAAAAUGGCAAGAAACACCUUCCAUCACAUCAAGAAUCAGUAAUGAAAGGUGUGAUUUAUGUAAACCAGCUGAGUUGAUUACAACUGAUUUUGUUCCUAGUGGACUAUUAAUUUGAAAUCCGCUGUGUAAACUCUGUAUAAUAACUCGUUAAAUGCCAUUUAUCAAAAUGUUCUUGAAUACUUAACGAA